AUGGACGCACCGAACAUCCUCGUUAUCAAUCCCAAUUCCUCGAGGUCCAUGACAGACGCACUGGAUCAAUUGAUCCACGACAUAGAUCGCCAUGGAACCACGACGGCAACGGCGACAACCUCGAUCGUAGUCCACACAUACACCGCCCCAUCCGGGCCACCAAGCAUCAACAACGACGCUGAUGCUCUAGAGAGCGCCAAUGUUUGUCUGAGGGAUCUUGAGCCCAGACUCCCGCAAUAUAGCGCAUAUCUCGUCGCAUGUUACAGUGUUCAUCCGCUUGUUAGCAUGCUCAGGGCCAAAGUUGCGACUGGCGUACACGUGACCAGUAUAUUCGAAGCCAGUAUCUCCGUGUCCCUGUCUCUAUUACCGCAGGAUCCAAAGCAAGCACCGUCAAAGUUUGGGAUUGUGAGCACAGGGGAGUAUUGGGAGAAGGCCCUCUCAGAUGGUGUGAAGGAGUUUCUCGGUUUGGACGACGUGAAGAACUCCAUGAGAUUUAAGGGCGUAGUGACUACCGGUUUGAAUGCUAACGAUCUGCAUACUGCCCCUCCGGAGCUGGUGAAGAAGAUGAUGGUCGAGGCUACGAAGAGGCUCGUGAGGGAUAGGGAUGUCAAGGUUAUCUGUCUUGGCUGCGCUGGGAUGGCGGGUCUAGACGCCAUUGUGGAUGAGGCUCUAAGGGGGGAGUUGGGCGAAGAUGCAAAGUAUGUGUAUGUGUUGGAUGGUGUUAAGGCGGGUAUUGGUUUGCUUAAGGGUCUGCUUUAUGCAUUACCGGGCACCCGACUAUGA